UGUUUCAAUUUGCCAUUGUUCUGGACCCCCUUCUUUCCUCCCAGCGCUUUCUUCCCCCCCCCCGCUUUUUUUGCUCAGUUCUUGCCUCUCUAUAAACGUUGCGCCGUCUCCCCCAUUUCGGCAAAUGGGUGCGUCGGCACUGCAGCUGAAGCGUUUGCUGCUGCUUGCCGUAGUGCUAUUCCAGACCUGGACUGCGGUUCCUCGGACGGUGGAGGCUCGCGUGUACACGAGCGACCUGACCCUCCGCCAGCCCAACCAGUUCUUCCAGAUCCUCGACGACAACGACCUCUUUGGCUUCUACGCUGGCGGCGAGGCGACCGCCACCGUGGUCUGCAAUGCACCGCCAACCGACUUGUCAUUGCUGCUCUGCACUGGUGAUCAGAACAAGGCUAUGAUGGACUAUGCUGGCGCAGGCAUUGCUUGCAACUACCCAAUUUACAACCCAAACCGAACCCGCAUCACUGGGUUGCAUUACAGCUGUAAUCAGGCUCGGAUGUUCAGCGACGCCGACUCUGGCGUGUUCCAGGCUCACAUAGUAGUCGAUGAGGAUGGCUUUUUCGGCGUGUCCAUCCUCAAUUGCCGUGCCUUUCCCGACAUCCAGCCAAAGUGCCAUAUCACCGCCACUCUUCUCAAUCCGGGUGAGGUUCAUCUCUCCAGCGACGAAACAUACAUACCUCGCAUCACUGAAAUCCAGACCGCCGCGUGGAUUGUCAUGUUGGCGCUCUACUUUUACAACUGGUGGGCGUUGAAACCUUUUUCCACCGCACUCCAUCAAAUUCUGGUGCUCCUACCACUGCAUCGGUUUGUGCUGUCGACCUUGGAGCUUCAUCAGUACCAGCUCAUUGUUGCGGACGGAUUUGAGGACUCGACCAAUCAGGCUGUUCGUGAGCUCAUCUCCAUCCUGACCAACACUGUCCUCAUGCUCCUGUUGCUUCUCCUCUCCGAGGGCUGGUGUUUGCUGGGAGACAGAAUCUCCCGCUCCAAGAAGUCUGUUUUUGCCUUGAUUGUGAUUGUUUUUGCCCUUUCAUCUAUCGGCCUUACUUGGUUGCACGAGUAUUUCCUGGGAGUGGUCAUUGCCAUGUUGCUCAUCUGCAUCUUCAUCUCCCUCAAGAGUGCCACAAACAACAUUGAGAUUUUGCGACUGCAAGCGGCGACGGUCGAAAACUAUCUGAUCCAGCGACAGAUUCGUCCCGUCUUGUACAUUGGACCGGUGGAGGCACUGCACGCCAAGCUGCGGUUUGCUCUCUACUUUCGCAUUGGCUUUGUCACAUUGGCAAUCUUUUACGCCGGCGUUGAACUUGCAGGCUCCUUCCUGAUGUAUUAUCGCUGGAUUGACGCGCUGCUGCACUGCCUCCUGGCAAUCUUGAUUGGCAUUGCCAUUCUGUACCACUUUCGUCUGCGGGACUUUUCUCCCUACGAGCGAAUCAUACUCCGGGUCCCGUACACGUCAACCGUGGAUGUCACCACGUCCAAGGCGGUUUGCGACAAGGUCGCCGCGAUUCAGCUCCCAGCUCCUUCGGCAGGCGAGUAUCUGCUCGCCGUUGCCGUUCCGGUGUCAGCGUUGCCUGCUGGUCACGGCAAUCGUGGUUCGAUGGACUCGAUCGCUGGACCCGGGCCAUUGGUAGUUUCGCAGGCAACCAUUCUACCGCCCUCUCAUGCUGUUGUUAGCCUGGAGAAUGACGACUACAGCAGCAGUGUCGACGCUCGACCACGAUCGCAUCUCCCCACCAUUUUCCGGCUUCGUCGGCGGCAACGACGUGGACGGGAGCAGUCAACUGAACUGCAGGAAAUCCCGCUCUCGCCAAAUCCAGUCCGGUCGGAGGCGCCUGCCAGCCAAGACUUGCCGGCGAGCCCUGACACGCUUGCCAGCGUCGACGGUGACUCUGGCCAAGUGCGCGUCUCGAUCCAAUCCACCGGCAACCCUUCCAGUUAAUCGUACCCUUACCGAAGCAAAUUUGCAAUUUUUCGGAGGGGUUUUUUUCUUAAGAUUGUUAUUUUCCCUGUUGAUGCGUUAUCGUUUUUAAAUUAUAUUCUUG